AAACCUUCCGCAGAUUUGUGUUUGAGUCCCGCGAAUGUGACCGAACGUUAAAGUCCGACGUCCCUCGUUGCUCGUCGCGGCCGCAGGAGGAAGCCGCCGGCGGCCGAUGGGAGAACAACAGUCCGCUGCUCCGAGGGGUCGGCUACCAUCUUUUGAGCUGCUUCAGAGACCUGGAAGCGAACAAGUCCUGCAGGGACGGCAGGUUGCAGCCGAUCAGCCUCUCUGCAGAGCGGAGGACACGCUGCAGCCUGCCCUUGUCCUUGGCUGUGGCUGCAGCGUACCAGACGCUGAUGGAGGAGCAGAGGAUGGACUCCAUGAUGGCCGUGUAGAAGUGGACCAUCAUCGUCUCUGGCAGGUUGAAUGAACAUUAAUCAGUCAACCUGACUGAUUAAUGUUCAUCAGAGACAGCUUGUUGGGACGUCUGGCAGAUAUGGAGUUCUCAUCUCUACUCCACGACCUCCAUCUCUCGUCCUGCCCAGAGAAGCCCCUCCCCUCUCCCUCCCUUCCUCCAAUCACAGAGCUCCUCUCUCGGCUGAAGGAGAACCUGAUUGGACCGUCGUCUCACUCUAAAGCAAGCGCCCUGAUUGGCCGUGUGGAAUGGCUCUUCCAGACAGCGGACCCCCACUGGCUGUUCUCAGCCGAUGGGGAUAAGGGGUGGGCGGAGCUUCACGCGGCGUACCUGGGUCUGGUCAGGGCUCUGAUUGGCUGUGCCGCUCUGCCGGCGUGCGAGGACGACUGCGGCUCCCUAAAUGCCGCAGCCUAUCAGAGCGUCCCCAGCAGAGCCCAGCCGGUAUGCUCCGCCCUCACCGCGCUGCUCAGAACUCUGGGAAACGCAGGCUGUCCGACCGGUCUCCUGCCGGUUAUGGCUGCUCACGUGUGCGUGUUUGCUGUCACUCACUUCCAGGAUCAAGCCUGGACCAGCUCUUGCUCCAGAGCGGCGGCUCGGAGCCUGCAGGAAGCAUUGCUGAGGGCGGGGCGGUGGAGAGACUCCUCCCACCUCCUGAUGGGAGGGAGGGAGGGGGAGGAGGGAGAGCGCAGAGGACUUCUGGGGGAAAUCCUGGACUGCCUUCGGCCUCAAAUCACCAAGGACUCGUGGCGCUCGGAAGCUGUGAAGUUGGUGUUUGCUUGGACGCUGCUGCAGGUGACUCGCCCCUCCCUCUCCCCCCACUUGUCCCACCUCCUCCCUCCCUCGCUCCUCCUCAGCGACCACUACAAACCAGAGAACUGCAUCCUGGGAGUUCGCUGCCUGCACCACAUUGUGCUAAACACGGUGAGCACACGAUGAUGGUGAUGAUGAUGAUGGUGGUGAUGAUGAUGAUGAUGAUGGUGGUGG